UCCUAUCCUGUCGAGAGCGCGAGAUAUGACGUAAGUUGCUUGCCGCGCAGUGAUGAUGGCGUCGCGUGAACGCGCAGUAAAAGUAAUGGCUGCUCUGGAUCGGCGGGUGCCUAGCCUCGAUGAUUUCGUGGGUCAAAGCUGGACUGCCUGGGCCGAGUGGGCUGGUGUGACAGCGGCGGAUGGGCCUGAUGUGGACGACUGCAGCAAGAAUGGCAAAAAGGCUGCAGAGGCUAUGUCUCUCAGUAAGGAGGACAUGUCCAUCUUUGGCCUCUACCCCGGCCACGAUGACUUCUACCUGGUGGUGUGCAGCCAUUGUGGCCAAGUGGUGAAGCCGCAGGCUUUUGAAAAGCACUGUGAGCGGAGACAUGGGCCCGUGGCUAAGUUGUACGCCAGACUGCGCUCUCCCACCCCUGCACCCCAGCCCCAGCAGAGGCCCCACCACGGCCUCUCUCCUUCCCAUGGGACCAAUUCUGCUUCUACUUCAACCUGGGAGGGUAGAGGCCAGGGGGUUGGGCAGCUACGGGUAGCCCCACCUUCGCCUUCCACCCCACCCCAGUACAGACACUCCAAGAACUCCAAGGAUGGAGUACGACAUUCUCCACUGGAGAAGUCGUCCACCUACAGCAGCCACACAGAGUCAUCAGUAUUCAAGCAGCCGCCGCCUUUGGAGCCUCCAAUGAGCUCUCCACCUCCAUCACUCAGAGAUCCCCCGUGGCCACAUGGAAGCACCCCACCUGGUAGACCUUCACCCAGUGACAGGUCCCCCACCCAGAGCCAGAGGAAGGACUCCUCUCUGGCCUCUGCGGUGCCAGGCCACCGGAUUCCCAGACCCUACAACAAAGUGGCCUCCAAGAGGGAGUGUGACCUGGACAAGCACUGCGGAGUCCUUGACCCUGACAGGAAGAAAGUCUGCACUCGCCUCCUGACGUGUAAUCAGCUAUCUACAGCAGGAGUCUCAUUAAGCCCUUACAUUGGCUAUAAAUCCUGCCUGACUGCCUGUAUCCUGUGGCCCGGUCCUCAGAUCCACUCCAUCCACCAGAGGAGGAAGGUGGUGGGCCGAAGCAAGAACUUUGACCAGCUGGUGGUAGAGCUCAAGACCAAGGUUCGGGAGAAAGGAACCCAGUCGCUGGAGGGAGGCUCCUCCAGUGGACGAUCCCCCAGCCCAGAGCCCCCCAGGGAACAGGCGGGGACUCCGCACUGCAGAAGACCUCUGGCCAGCCUCCCUGCGUUCAGUCGAUCCACUGGUGUGUCAGAUUGCACUGCGGAAGAGGAGAAGCAGCGGCAGGAUGAGGGAAGUGUCAGAGCUCCUUCACCACUCGUCCAUGGGCGAAUCUCAAGUGAUGAAAGUGAGGCAGAGGGACCAGAGGAACCACUAGAGUUGUCAUCUUCUUCUGCACAUCCCAGACCAUUAGCGGUGUGCUCAUUCGGCAGCCAUACGCUGGGUCACGGCAUCUACACGUUUGACAGGAGACUUCACCACCUGCGGUCGGCGCUCAGCAGUAUGCUGGAACAGCACAUCAGUGCCCAUCUUUGGAAGAAAAUACCUCAAGCCACAGACCUUCAAGCUCCAACUCCCUCGGCCAAGACCAUCACUUCCUCGUCUCCCUCCUCUAUAGCCGCCAUGUCCUCCUCUUCAUUACAUUCUAAGGUCCGCACAGGAAGUCACAUCAGCUCCUCCCUCAAAACUGCAUCCUCCUGUUCCUCUUCUUCCAGUCGUGUUCCAGGGAGACCCCCGACAGCCAUACAAUCAGAGAACUCCGGGGGUGGUGGCAGCAGCCUGGGUGGCGGUCAUCUGGUUUCUCCAGGUAAGCCUGUGGCGGUGCGUCAGGGGGGUCCCGGCCGACCCAAGAACCCGGUGGGGCGUCCCAGCAAGCAGAUGCUGAAGCUGCGCGAGGAGGCUGCUGCCGCUGCCGCCCUCCGGAAACGCAAAGCCCCGUCGCAGGAAGGGGAGCACUCAGGCCCUGACAGGAACUGCAUCAUCCUCCAGGACCGGGGCCGCCCACCCUCUGCCGCCUCAUCCUCCUCCUCAUCCUCCUCUUCCAAAGCCCCCAUUCCCUCGCCUCUCCCACACGGACAGACCAAUGGCACGCUUUCCCCAAGCAGCAAACCCCGCCCCCAGCCCUCCCCCUCAGAGUCACACUCGCCAGCCGCCAAGGCAGUCUGGACCUACCGACGGACAAACGCCCCUCUGGGCCAUUCAUCACCCCCAGACCUCUCCUCUGCCACCAACAAUUCCCACAGCCGGGCUGGAGUGGGGGACUCAGGACUGCAUGGGCAGGGCAGUGGGAGGGGCUUUGAGCACCAGGGGCUGGUGAAGAAACGGAAGGGGGGGAGCAUGGAAGAGCACUCGCCCUCCUCCAAACCCUCAGCACACCGCCUGCCCUCCUCCUCCUCUUCCAGCUCUGCCACCACCUCCUCUCCGCGCUCUAAUUUCUACCCUUGGAAGGACAGUAAAGGCGGGGGGCUGGCCGGGGGCGUGGAGAAGAAACUUGGCACACAGAAGCCAAAACUGCACCAUUAAGUGUGCCUGCCUUACAAGCCACUAUGAGGGAGCCAGCUCUGCAGCCUCUGAGGCAACAGGACUCAAGUGUGUGUGUGCGUGCGUGUGUGUUUGUGUUUGUGUGAGAGAGAUAGCGUGCCUGUCUUUUGUCUAUUGAGCAUAUGCUGAAGUGUGAGUGUGUCAGGUUGUUUGUAUGUGCAGAUUUAGUGCAGUAUGGAUCUGUUGGUGUGAAUCGCCGCUGGGUGUGUGGGUCUGUGUGUUUGCUGUUGUCUGGAUGAAUGUCUGAGGGAGAACUGGGAGUGGGAGGGUGGGAUGAAAUUCAGAGUAUGGAUUUAGAAAUACCUCAAGACCAUC